UCAUAGUUGAAGUACAUGUGAACUUAGAGCAGCAGAUUAAUAAACUAGCAUCUAUAACAUUUUGAUUUUUCUUUGCAGCCAUUUUCUGUAGCAUUGCAAAGGCCUUGGUGGUGGUAAAAGAUUAAAAUUCAACUGCAUCUUGAGGAAUGAGAAUGAGGACUACAUUGUUACUGCACUUGUGAGAAAAUUUUUACAUCCGUCUCCUCCUGCUUCCAGACUGCAGUCAAAAUGAGUGAGACGCCAUCCACCAAUUACUCAAUGCUUCAGCCAAACUCCUCAGAGAGUGAACAGACCUUAUCUACUCGCCACUUUAAUGUCACUGAACCUGUUGUGGCCAAACGAAUCUGUUUCUAUAAGAGUGGAGACCCUCAGUUUAAUGGGAUCAAAAUGGUCAUUAAUAAUCGAUCUUUCAAAACAUUUGAUGCCUUGCUGGAUAACUUGUCCAAAAGAGUCCCAAUACCAUUUGGGGUGAGGAAUAUUAGUACACCGCGCGGGAUACACAGCAUCACCAACCUGGAGGACCUUGAAGAUGGAAAGUCUUAUAUUUGUUCCCAUCAGAAGAAAAUCAAGCCCAUCAAUUUGGAACGGGCCAGUAAGAAACCAUUGCCCUGGCAGAUCAGCAGACCUGUUAGUGCUCAUCGCCGAGCUGUGCGGUUAGCCAGGGAGAAAGAAGAUGGCAUUGUUCAGGAAGACAGAGCAGUCAAAAUUAGAAGCCCUAAAAAGCUGCUUGUUUUCAAAAAUGGUGACAUAAGAAACAGGUGCACAAUAGUUCUGGAUAAGAAGCACAUGCAAAAUUUUGAAACCUUUCUGGAUUACAUAAGUGAGUUAAUGCAGUAUCCAGUUGUGAAGUUAUACACUACUGAUGGCAGGAAGGUUCCUAGCCUUCAGUCUUUGAUCUUGUGUUCUGGAGCUAUUGUGGCAGCUGGGAGAGAGCCAUUUAAACCAGGAAACUAUGAUCCUCACAGAUAUUCACUACCUGCUAAAUUGCCAGGACUCUCCAAUCGCGUGUACCCCAAAGCAAAUGACAAAUCAGAGAGUGGAAAUACUGGCAAAUGGAAGGUGUCUCUCCUCACCAGUGAUAUCCCAUCUGCAGGAACCAGCUCACAGGUUUAUAUUAUAUUGUAUGGGGAUUACAAUAAUUCAGGACCUAUCUUUCUGUAUGGAGAAGAAAGGGAAUUGUUUCAGAAGGGCAAUGAAGACAUCUUCACUAUUGACACUGGAGACAUAGGAGAGCUCUAUAAAAUACGCAUAGGACACAAUAACUCUGGAGAAUCCCCCUCUUGGCACUGUGAAGAGGUGCAAUUGCAGAACCUUUUCUCAGGAGAACAGUUUGCUCUCCCUACCCACCGAUGGCUGGCUCAGGACAAAGAUGAUGGUGAAAUCUGCAGGGAGCUUCCUGUUUUGCGACGGGGCCAGCCUGUACUUCCAGUGACUGUGUAUGAGGUGCAUGUGACAACAGGAGAGCUGUGGAAUGCUGGAACGGAAGCUGAUGUUUAUAUUUGCAUCCACGGGGAAGAAGGUGAUACAGGCUCCAGACAGCUACUUAAGUCAAAGAAUCCUAGGAAAUUUCUAAAAGGACAAACUGACAUCUUUCAACUUGAAGCUGUGCACCUUGGAAAUUUGUACAAGAUUGUUAUAGGACACAAUGGACUUGGAUCAGGAAAUGGAUGGUUUCUGGAGAAGAUUGCAGUCAAGGAUCCUGUCAUAGAUAUGGAUUAUUCUUUUCUGUGUCACAGGUGGCUAGAUCAAGGGGAAGAAGAUGGUAAAAUUGUAAGAGAACUAAACCUUGCUGAUACCACCACCUUCUCCGCAGGGCAAGAGCUGGAACUCAAGAAAGCAGAACAUUGGGCUGCUGAAGGAUGGAAGUUUCAGAAAGGCAACACUCUUCAGUUCUACAGCAGGCUCACCCGUGGUUUCAUACGCCUCAGUCCAGAUGGCACCGUUGAUGCACUUGGUGACAAGAAGGACAAAUAUGGUCUUUUCGACGUGACUUUCAAAAGAAAUGCACGUGUAUUUAAGAGUCAUCUGAUGCCACACCUUGCCCUUGCUCUUGACAAUGGCUUUGUCAUUGGAAAGGACAGUGAAGAUACUCUCUGUGAGCUACAAGUUCAUGUUCAGCCAAAUCGCUGCACAAUUCUGGAAUCAGCCCGAAAUCCAGGACACACGAUUACCUUCACGCUUCAAGGCAAAGUAGCCAAGGAUACAAUAGGCUAUGCAGAACUCUCAAAAGAAUUUGUUGUGCAUGUGAAGGGUGUGUUCCACAGUGGUGCCAUAAUUCUACUCACCACAAGUCUCUGCCAGGCUCUCUGCCUCAUGCCUGAUGGGAGCUGCAGUGGAGCAGGAAAGCAGUCUGAAGAAUCCUACUGGAAAGUGCAUAAAAUCAGCUCUGGAGUUUGCAUGAUUGAGAGUCUGAAAAACCCAAGAAUGUAUCUGAAGAUUAAGAAUGGCGAGUGCAAUGGAACAGGGACUGGUGAUGUGUACUGUCACUUUAAAACUGAGAAGAAUUUAGAAAGUGGAUCUGUGAGUCUAGAAUCUGUGCAAAACAGAGGGAUGUAUGUUGGUCUCCAACCUGAUGGUCAGACCAAGCCAGUUGUUCACACUGGAGACAGAAACAUUGUUUUCUACCCACGAGUCAUUAAAUUUGGCAGGGAAAAGCCCAUGGGAACAUCUGCAACACCCAACCAACAAAAGGGAGACACCAGAGAGUUUGAACACCAUUUGGAAAAAGCCCAGAAGCCAGUGGCUCAGAGUCCAUCAAUUUCCCCUCCCACAAAGGAAAUGAAAAAUACCCACGGUACCAAGUAUCCUCUUCCUUCAGAUGAUGAAUGGAAAGUGUCAGUGCUGACGGGAAAUGCAGGAACUCAUGCAAAUGUCACACUCUGGAUAUAUGGAGACAAAGGAGUAGCUGGACCGAUAACUCUUGGCAAGGACAACCGAGAACAGCUCUUUCUUCCCAGGAAAGAGGAUGAAUUUCAGGUUGAAAUAAAGAACAUCGGAGAAUUCUAUAAGAUAAGAAUAGGACAUGAUGGAACAAGUGAAUGCCCAGAAUGGAAGUUAGAAAAGGUGACACUGCAACAUAUAAAGAGCAGGCGGACUCUACAUUUUCCAGCAAACAAGUGGUUGUCGAGAAGCCGUGGAGAUGGAGAUAUUAUAUGUGAACUCCCUGUAGAAGAAGCAGGAAAACCCAUUUAUCCAAUUGUAAGAUACCACAUUUAUGUUUACACUGGCCAUUUGGAGCAAGCUGGAACAGACUCACCGAUCUACCUAUGUAUCUAUGGAAAGAGAGGAGAUUCUGGUUUAAGGCUUCUGCAUAAAUCUGACAUGCCAGUGAAAUUUCAGAGAGGAAUGGUGGAUAGGUUUGAAAUUGAAGCUGUAUCUCUGGGAAAACUGCAGAAGGUGCUAUUGCACUGUAAGGCCAGUAACAAGGCGCAAUACUGGUACUGUGAGAAAGUAAUCAUCAGAAAAGCUGGGAAGGACUCUGAAUACAUUUUCAACUGUGAGAGAUGGCUUCCAUUUAUGUCCCAGGAAAUAAUUCACUCAGAAAUUGAGCUUUACUCUGAAGAACUGCAAAUAAAUCAUCAUCUGAAAAUGCAAGAUGAAGCAAAUGAAGGAGACUGGAAGAUUACUGUAGUCACUGGGGGCUUCCAAACAGCUGGCACCACAGCAACAGUGUCCCUUUACGCCUAUGGAGAAAACAAGUCUUCUGGUCCCAUUAUCCUGGGAUCUGGGAAGCACCAGCUGUUUAAUCCCAACAGUGCAGAUACAUUCAAGAUCAGUCUCAAAGGUCUUGGGCAACUGUAUAAAAUCCGCAUUGGUCAUGACAACAGUGGAAAUGAUCCUAGCUGGUACCUAGAGGAGGUGAGACUUGAAAGAAUAGCCUCUACCUCUGACCGGGAGAUUUCUCUGGCUGUGGACUGCUGGCUAGCUGAAGAUCAGGAUGAUGGAGACACAUGGACAGAAAUAGCAAUUGGAAUGUCUGAAAAGGAGAUUUUGCCAAUGGUGGUUUAUGAACUCCAUGUAUAUACAGGAUCUAAACUUGGUGCCAAAGCAAAUUCUAAUGUAUACGCCACCCUCAUUGGAACGAGAGGAGAUUCUGGAAAGCGAAAGCUUCACCAAUCUAAGAAUAAUAACAUCAAAUUUCAGCAUGGCCAGGUGGAUAUCUUCAUCAUAAAGGCAGUAUCACUAAGAGAUCUGAAGAAACUUGUGAUUAGUCAUGAUGGAACUGGUCCAGGCAAUGGAUGGUUCCUUGAAAAGGUUGUGGUCAAAUUUAAAGAGGACGAUGAUCAAGAAAUUAUGUUUCCCUGUAACAGAUGGUUAGAUGAAUAUCAGGAUGAUGGGAAGACUGAGCGAGAGCUAAUUGCUAAAAAAAAGGAUAAUUUGCAGAAGGCAUCCACCAAAGCACAACAAUGGAGAGUGCAUGUUAAAACUGCCAGAGAUUCACCAACACCACAGAAGUGUAGAAGAACCCUUGUGAUUUAUGGCUCAAAGGGCAAAAGUGGCAGCCUUCUCCUUUCUCCACCAAGCCCAGGAUAUGUGUGCUUUCUACCCAGAGCGACGGAUGAAUUCCUUGUUGAAACUGAAGAUGUGGGGGAUGUAUACAAGAUUCGGGUCAGCUGUGAUAUUUUGCCAGACUUUGAGGGCUGGCAUCUGAAGUCCUUUCACAUGCAAGAGCUACAUACUAAACAAGAAGUGAACUUUGACUGUAACUGCUGGCUUUCUAUUAACAAAGAAGAUCAGGAACUAGUGAAAGAAUUCCCUGCAGUGCAUGAGAACCAGAGACCUUUACCAGUCCACAAGUAUAUUGUCUCUAUCCACAUUGGUGACCACUGGGGAUCAGAAACCUUUGCAAAUGUUUAUAUCACUCUGUAUGGUAAAAGAGGGGACACAGGUGUGAGGAAACUACAUGAAUCAUUGGUAAAAGGAGGACCAUUUCAAAGGAACAAGAUAGAUUCAUUUCUAAUAGAGGCCGUUUCCCUAAGCCAUUUGCAAAAGGUAGUUGUAGGACAUGAUGGAGAAGGAUAUGGGGCUGGAAUGUAUCUCAAGAUGAUAACAAUCAAGGAAUCAGAGGACUCAGAUGAAGAAUGGAUCUUUCCAUGUUGGAACUGGCUUGAUACUCAUCUGGGAAUAUGUGAGACUGUUUGUGAGAUUACAACAAUAGGUAAAAGAUUGAUUUCUAGUCCUAAACUGCCUCAAAUCAACAUGCAGUCCUCAGGUCUGUGGAAAAUGGACAUCAUUGGAUCUGACGUCAACACUGAAAUGGAUUCAAUACACCUUUCUUUCAUCUUUUAUGGAGACCUGAAUCACAAAGAGUUGGCACUUCAAAUUACAGGAAAAGCAACUCAAAUCAAAGAUGAACUGUUGGAGAUUGGCUCAAUAUACAAGAUUCAGGUAACUGGCCCCCACACCAACUUAAGUCAGCCGUGGCACUUAGACUUACUGCAUAUGAAGCACACAGGCACAAACCAGGAGAUGUGGUUAGCAUUUGAUUGCUCGUUCAACCCUAAUGAAGACAAAUGUGUGGAACUGCCAGCUCUCUGUGCACACCAGGAUCCUUUGCCUGUUGUGGAAUACUCCAUUCAUGUGCACACUGGAGACAUAAAGAAAGCAGAUAUGAGUGGAGAGGCUUAUCUUUGCAUUCAAGGAGAGAGAGGAGACUCUGGGAAAAGAUGGCUUAAGAAUUCAAGAAGCAGGCCCAUCACUUUUGCCCGAGGACAGGUGGACAUUUUCAGAAUCAAAGCAGUUCACCUUGGCAAGUUGAAUCAAGUUCUUAUUGGAUUUAAAAGUUUUAAAAAAGAUGACUGGUUCUUGGAAAAAAUUGUUAUAAAAGAAGAAAGUUACCCUUUUGCCACUCACAUCUUUUCUCACAAUAACUGGAUCCGCAAACACUCAAAGAAAGAUUUUACAGAGCUAGUCAUUCCACUUAAAGAAAUUACCAUGACAUCUGAUCCAGUUAAAUACUUUGACACUAAAAGCAGAGGACGAUGGCAAAUGUGGGUGUACUGUACUCACGUACCAGAGAAAGUUCUUAAUAUUCAAGUUGUUGUGUUUGGAACAAAAGGGAAAUCAGCUUCACAGAAGGUCCAGAAUCUGAAAAAUAACCCUUUUUUGUUGACUGUUGAUGAUAUUGGCUCUGUAACAAAAGUUUCCUUUGUGUUAUCUGGCCCAAGUUUAGAAAGAGGAAUUAAACUUCACAAGCUUCGGCUAAAAGACCUAGACACUAAGCAAGAACUGGGCUUUUACAGUGCAGACCAGUGGCUUUUUAAAGAAGAUGGGUCAGAGACUGUCACAGAACUAGCAGCAGUCAGACCAGACAAG